GAUCAAAAGGCAAGCAGCAACCUGCUAAAGCAACCAACACAUUCCUUUGCCUCUCGGUUGGCCAUGCACAUUAAGCAGGUAGUGGUGUGCGGUUUCCGCAGCUAUAAGGACCAGGUGGCAGUGGAUCCCUUCAGCAACCAACACAAUGUGGUGAUUGGUCGCAACGGCACUGGCAAGUCCAACUUCUUCGACGCCAUCCGCUUCGGGCUACUCACGUCUCGCUUCGCCAACCUGCGGCCGGACGAGCGUCAGGCGUUGCUGCACGAGGGAUCAGGCAAGCACGUCAUGUCGGCGUACGUGGAGAUCGUCUUUGACAAUAGCGACGGACGCCUGCCCGUGGACGACACGGAAGUGACUCUGAGACGCACCAUUGGCGUCAAGAAAGACGAGUUUUUCCUUAACCGCAAACACAUAACCAAGAGCGACGUGGUGCAUCUACUGGAGAGCGCGGGUUUCUCACGCUCCAACCCGUAUUACAUUGUGCAGCAGGGCAAGGUCAACGCCCUGGCCGUCAUGCGCGAGCGCGAGCGACUGGAACUGCUCAAGGAGGUGGCAGGCACUAAAGUGUACGAGGACCAACGAGUCAAGUCACUUAAGAUUUUACAAGAAACACAGACCCAACGAGAAAAGAUCCAGGAGGUCGUGAGUUAUAUUGAAGAGAGACUAGCAGAGCUGGAGGAGGAGAAAGAGGAACUUAAAGAGUACCAACAAUUAGACAGAGAACAGCGUGCUCUGGAGUACACGAUGCACGAGAAGGAGCUGCAGAAUGUGCGAGCAGAGAUCGAAGCACUGGACAAACAGAGACAAGAGGAGAGCGCCAGGUCCACGGAUCUACACGAGAAGCUCUUGCACGUCCGAACGGAGAUCAGUCGGAUUGAAAGUGACCAUCAGAGGAAAGAGCAAGAUCUGGCACAGCUUAUGGAGGAGCAGAAGAGCCAGGAGGACGAGCGGAAAGGACUGAUGGAAGCUCGAUACAAGCUGGAGAUGGAGGUGCAAGAACUGAAGGAGCAGAUCCGCUCUGAUGCUGAGCAGCGGUCGACUGUAUCCAAGGAGGCGGAAGUGGUGAAGCACGAGAUUGAAGCCAAGCGAGCUCAGCUGAAUAAUGAGAUUCUUCCUGCACUUCGACAGGCUGAGCAAGCGCAUGACCAAGUAGCCCGAAAUGUGCAAGAGUGCAGAGCGCAGUCGGAGCAUCUGAUCGCCAAGCAAAGCCGCAAAAGUCAGUUCCGUACUCAGCAAGAGCGUGACGAUUAUCUGCAGCGUGAGAUCAGUGACAUUGAGAGCUUGGUGCGUCGAAAAGAAGGCGACACGGGGUCGUUGAGGAACUCUAUUGAGGGUCUGGAGAAGUCUAUUGAAGGGUCUGAGCGGACACUCGACCAGCACAUUGAAGAGCUACGUGAACACCGCCGCCGAGUGGAUGCAGUCGGAGCAGAAGUGCGGCGUCUAAAGGAGCAGCGCAACUAUCUGAGUGAAGAGCGCAAGGCAAAGUGGCGCGAGGAGAACCAGAUUUCGUACGAAUUGCGCGAGCUGAAGAAGAAAGUGAGCGAGGGAGAGAAUGCGUUGCAGAGCACAAUGGCGUAUGACGUCCGCCGCGGUCUACAGGCAGUCCGGGAGAUGCAAGAUCGGAUCCGAGGAGUUUAUGGACCGCUGAUCGAUCUCGUGCGACCUGUUGAUGAGCGUUAUUGUAUCGCAGCGGAUGAAGCCGCUGGUGGUGCGCUUUUCCACGUUGUCGUAGACACGGAUGACACGGCGACACGGAUUAUGGGGGAGCUGGACAAGAAGAACCUGGGCCGACUUACUUUUUUGCCCCUCAAUCGCCUGAAAGUGAAGGAUCACUUCGACUAUCCUCGAAAUGACGACGUUGUCGCGCUGGUGGAGAAGCUGGAAUAUCCUGCCGAGAUUCGCAGAGCUGUUAUGGCAGCCUUUGCUAAGAAAUUACUGUGUCGGGACUUGGACACGUGCGUUAGGUAUGCAGAGCAGACAAACAUGGACUGCUUGACGUUGGACGGUGAUAUGGUUCACCGUCGUGGUGCUCUGAACGGUGGCUUUAAAGACCCUCGUCGAUCUCGGACCCGAGCGAUGAUGGAGGUGAAGCAGGCGCAAGUGGAUCUAGAGAGAGUGGCUGAAAGAGCUCGAAGAGUGACAGCAGAGUCUCAGCAAGCAGAUCAGCGAGUGACCAGCAUUAUCAGCGAUAUCCAGAAACUCGAGGCUGAAAAGAACCGUGCCAUUUCCGCUCAUGAACGCUUGUACGACGACAUAUCUCGACGAAAGAAUCAUAUUCGCACUGAGAAAGAAAAUUUGGCUCAGAGAGAGCGAAGCUGCGAGCUUCAGGAACGAGAGGUGAAGGAGCUUGUCGCGAAGGUUACGGCGCUUCGUUCGGAGCUUCUUACUCCCAUGCAAGACUCCUUGACAGCUGACGAACACCAAUUGCUACACUCCUUAUCUACCAAUAUUUCCCUGCUGGAAGCUGAAGAACGAGAUCAACGACAGCGCCUUGAAGAAAUACGCUCGGAGAAGGAGAACAUCAAGACGGUGUUGGAAGAAAACCUUAUUCGCCGUGAGAAUGAACUAGCGCGACAACUUGGAGAGGGUAUUGAGGAGCUGGCAAUUUGUGAGCGAGAGGAAAAUCUCAAGGCGAAGCAAAUCGACUUGGACGAUGCCUCGCGUCUGGUGGAUGACAACUCGUCGUCGCUGAAAGAGCUUGAGCAAAAGAUCGAGGCGUUGCAGGAGGAAAUCGCAAAUGAGAAAGCCCAGGUGGAUGCUUUGAACGGAGAAGAUGUGUCACUGAGCGACCAGAUGCAGCAGGAGGCUCGGGAAGCAGAAAAGAUUUUGAGUAAGCACCGGCGUUUGGUCAAGAAGCGCGAGGAUGCAACGCGAGAUAUUCGCGAGCUAGGAACGCUGCCAAUUUCUGAGCUCGAGAAGUUUAAGACGCUGCCGUACUCAGACGUGAUCAAGCAGUUCAAGCACCGGAAUGAAAAGUUGAAGAAGUACAACCACGUGAAUAAGAAGGCGUUGGAUCAAUUUAUGAGUUUCAACGAGCAGCGUACGACGCUUUUGGAGCGGAAGCAGGAGAUUGACGACGCCUACAACUCGAUCAAGGACCUGAUCGAUGUGCUGGAUAAGCGUAAAGAUGAAGCCAUCUUCCGUACGUUCAAAGGCGUAGCAGGCUAUUUCUCUGAAGUAUUCCGUGAGCUGGUACCAACGGGCGAAGGCAAGAUGAUUCUGGUUGGUGCUGACACUAGCCAGAAUGGCACGGCGAAUGGAGGCGAUGCGUCAGUGGAGUCGAAUGUUGACACGUACUCUGGAGUGCAGAUUAAGGUGAACUUCCGAGGAGAGGGUGACUCUUAUUUGAUGCAGCAGCUCUCCGGUGGCCAGAAAGCAUUGGUGGCUCUCGCCUUCAUCUUUGCGAUCCAGCGAGUGGACCCAGCUCCUUUUUAUUUAUUUGACGAGAUCGACCAAGCGUUGGACUCCACUCAUCGAGCUGCUGUCGCAACCUUGAUUCACCGCCAAGCGCACUCAAAAGAUAACCCGGCACAGUUCAUCACGUCAACUUUCCGUCCCGAGUUGGUGAAUAUCGCUGACAAGUUUUACGGAAUCGGCCACCAGAACAAGAUCAGCAACGUCUAUCCAAUGACGAAGGAGGAAUCUCUCGACUUCAUCUCCAAUAUCAUGACGGAGGAAGAGGGCGUGGCGGGAAUGUAAGCGUCUUUACUGUCAGGCUGUCGUCUUUUUUUCCUUUUAAUAUCUGGUUGCAGCAGUUUUGAGUCAGUGACAAGUUCGACGGCAACCUCUAUUCUAUCAAGUAUCGUAAGCGUCUAAUAAGAAAGUGUCGUUCCACUAGUCUUUCGCCGAUCGAACCCGCUUGCCAGACUUGCGUAGACCCAGUGCGUCGCGCUCGUCGGCCUGCUUCGACUUGAAGGCU